ACAGAGACAGAGAGACGGACGGACGGACGGACGGGCAGCGGCGGCGGCGGCGAGGAGGAGGAGGAGGAGGAGGAGGAGGAUGCAGCCGGGGAGCGGAGCCGGGACCGGGGAGAGCGAAUCCCCAAACCCGGGGGCCGGUUACCGUGGACCUCCGCCACUCACCAGAGCCGACUCUCUGCCCAGUUCCGGCCAACGUCCACCCCUCGGCUCUGAACCAUGCCUCCAGCAGACGGCCAGAACGUUAGCCAACAGAUCGCCAUCAGCCACGAGGGUCACAGCCCCAAAACCUCAAGUACCUCCUAAGCCUGUCCACCUUCAAACCCUGCGUCAAGAAGAAGUCCUUCAGCGGAUUCCUCCAGCCCCGUCGAGACCUUUACCAGCUGAUCCAAAGAAAAGCAAGAGUUCACUGGCCAAGUCUGUGAGCACGGACGGAGCUAACCUGCCCCGGGUCUCCUCACUCAUUGAACAGUUUGAAAGUGUCAGGCAACUCAGCCCAGAGACCAGUAAAAGGACACAGCUGGUUUUAUCACUGAAGAUGGAGGAGUUACAGGACCCUUGUGAGUGUGUGGCGUCGGGGAGUGGGCUGGAGUCUGUAACACAAGUGGAUAUCACCACGGACAAACUGGACAACAAUGGGACUGAGGAUAGCAUGGACUUGGUGGAUCGAACCAACCAGGAAGUGGCUGCAAUGCAGGAGUUGGCACAAGGGGAUGUCAGUGAUGACAAUUGCACAGGACUGAGGACUCAAGAGGCAAGAGCCCCAGUAGAGAUUGGAGAAUCCACGCUGGAACAGAACGGGAAUGGGAAAAUACCGAAUAGGGACAGUGGGAUCGACAGCCCCUCCUGUAACGGGGACAAUGAGGUCUUCCCCAACGAAGAAACAAUGGAAGAGAAAAGAAAUGCCGGCUCGGUCGAGACCGAGACCGAGAACGAGAUGGAGGUAAAACCUGCUGAAGCUUCUGAAAUGCAACAGAAAAUAGACUGUGCCCAGGAAGAUGAUGACAGUGACAUGGAUGAUGGUAGCAGUGAAGAAAAUGAACCAGCAGAAGUGUCAAAGACUGAGGAAACAGCCAAGUGCACAGAGCCACAGAAGUUAUUCAACAUUGCCAAUGAGCUACUUCACACUGAGGAAGCAUAUGUGAAGAGACUGCACCUUCUGGAUCAGGUGUUUUGCACUAAGUUGACUGAAGCCGGUAUUCCACCAGAUGUGAUCACCGGAAUCUUCUCCAACAUUUCCUCCAUCUAUUGCUUUCAUGACCAGUUUCUUCUGCCGGAAUUAAAAUCCAGAAUUAAAAAAGAAUGGGAUAAAAACCCACGACUAGGUGAUAUACUCCAGAAACUUGCUCCCUUCUUAAAGAUGUACGGGGAAUAUGUCAAGAACUUUGAUCGGGCAAUGGAUCUGGUGAACUCCUGGAUGCAGCGAUCAUCUCAGUUUAAAUCCAUCAUUCAGGACAUUCAGAAGCAGGACGUGUGUGGGAACCUGACUCUACAGCACCACAUGCUAGAACCUGUGCAGCGAAUCCCUCGCUACGAGAUGCUGCUGAAAGAUUACCUGAAGAAACUGCCUGAGGAUUCUCUGGAUCGGAAAGAUGCUGAGAAAUCGUUGGAGCUCAUUUCAACGGCAGCGAACCAUUCCAACGUGGCCAUUAGGAAAAUGGAAAAGAUGAACAAGUUACUAGAAGUUUAUGAAAGGCUUGGUGGUGAAGCAGAUAUUGUCAACCCAGCUAACGAGCUUAUUAAAGAGGGCCACAUCCAGAAGCUCUCAGCCAAGAAUGGUUCAGCUCAAGAUCGAUACUUGUUUCUGUUCAACAACAUGAUCCUGUACUGUGUGCCAAAGCUCCGACUCAUGGGACAGAAGUUCAGUGUCAGGGAAAGGAUUGACAUCGCUGGAAUGCAGGUCCAAGAAAAAGUGAAAUCGACUGUGACUCACACAUUUACGAUCGUAGGAAAGCAGCGAUCCUUAGAACUCCAGGCCAGGACUGAGGAGGAGAGGAAAGAUUGGUUUCAGGUUAUCCACGGGACCAUCGAAAAGCACAAGCAAAACAGUGAGACUUUCAACAAGGCUUUCAAUAGUUCCUUUUCAAGGGAUGAAGAAAGUGCUCCAGAUUCCCCAGUUCCAGGCGCAGCCUGUGGUGAGUCCAAUGUAGGAGACUUCUCCAGCCCUUCGUUGAUGGAUUCGGGUAAAAGAGCUUCAAAAACAAAACGUGAUAAGGAAAAGCAGACGUGCAAAAGCUGUAGCGAAACGUUUAAUUCAAUAACGAAACGCCGCCAUCACUGUAAACAAUGCAAUGCAAUUAUCUGUGGUAAAUGUUCAGAAUUCAAGCCACUGGCAGACAGUCGACACAACCGCGUGUGUAAGGAUUGCUUCACGCUGCCAGUCACAGCACAACCGCCGAUCCCCGCGCCCGACAAUGUGACCGAACAGAAGAGGAAAUCAGUGCUGGAGAGACCCACCUCACUGACGAGUGACAACACCGUGUUCUGUAGCAACUUGAGCUUCAUGGAGAAGGGGAAACCUUGGCACAAGGUGUGGGUGGCCAUUCCCAAGAGCGACCCCAUGGUUCUGUACCUACACAUUGGCAUCCAGGAGGGAAAGCAGUCCCGCACAAUCCCACUGCCCGGCUACGAGAUUGAGCAGCUCAUCCCUGGAGACGUGAUGGAGAGGAAGCACACUUUCAAGCUCAGACAAUCCCAACAGACAUUUUAUUUUAGUGCAGAUGACGAGGAGCUUCAGAAAAAAUGGAUUGACGUCAUCUCGAAAGUUGCCAAGGGUCAAGUUGAGGAAGAUCCAAGUAACUCAGUGGAAUGAGAACAGCAGCAGAAGGAACGAAGACUGCAUUUGGUAUCUUUCUGCCGUGACCUCUUGAUGCCAUACUUGAAUUAAACAAUGAGGGCACUUUCAUUGAGAAAGAUACUUCAAGAUUAGAUCACUCCCUUACAUCAGUAUCAGAUUUAAAUGUUAUUUGUGUUUUUGGUCUUUGACAACCAUGACAACAAUUGUGCUACUGAGAAACCUAAACACAUCAGGAAAAUGUGUAGUAAUUUACAAAGUAAUCACUUUAUUGAAGCUAUUUCAGUCGGGUGGCGUGUGUAAAUGUGCGUUAACACCAGUACUGGCAGUGCCCUCCCUCCCCCUCCCCGUGCAAGAUGUAUAGUGAUUCAUUAGUUAAUGUGAAUAUCUGUGGCUGGCCACUCAUGGUCCAUCAACUGUUUGUACUCGAUUCUUAAAUACACAAUGCUCUUUGUCCCUUUUGGCAUUUGGUGAUGUAAUUAAUUUUUUCAUAGGUAAAAAUGCUAAGUGGAUUAUUUCCCAUGUUAUGUACUGUUAACAAAAUCUAGGAAAGAGCUGUAAAAGUUGCAGAUUUGUUUCUCUAUCUUCCUGUGCUGGAGGAACAUUUAAGCUAUGAUCUGUUUGUAUGUUUCACAUAUUUAUGUCAUGUGCUUUUAAAUAAACAUUCCUGAUUUUCACCAUUA